GCCUGAUAGUAACGAGCCCACCUCCCCUCCUCCACUACAUCGUAGUAAAACAGGCACCGUGCAGCAGCAGCAGCAGCAGCUCGCCGCCAUGAAGACGCGCACAGUGGCACAUCUCCAAUACGCAGUGUGCAUCUCCUGUCCUGGCUGUUAGAUUUGCUGUCGUCUGUGAAAACCACGGCUGGUGCCUCACACAGAGGAAACACUGCUCGCUCCAGACCUGCGGAUAUUUACACACCAUUUAAAAACCGACUAAUUCAGCGCCAUUUCACCGUUUUUUCUCUGUUUAAUCUUGAAGGAGUGCACCUUUUUGUUUCACACGCGUCUUAUCCAGGGUUCAUCUCUCGCUUUUUGAGUAGUUGGAGCGCCUGCAGAGGCGAACAUGACAGCUUGACAAUGGUGCAAGGCUGCUUGACAGCAGGAUGGUGCGUUUUUUCUUUUUGCCUUUUUGCAUUUUGACUUUUGAGGAAUGGGCUCUCUGCCGGAGCAGUCUGCGAUAACUCCUGCGGUUUAUUUUGAAUAUUUGGACUUGGAAAAUCUUCCUACUUUGUGUGUGUGUGUUAUGGUAAACAUCUGGUGCCUCGUCCAGUCCGCUCUUUGCUCACCUUUCUCCUCCCAUCCGCCGCAGCGCAUCUCUAAUUGGAGCGAGUAUCUUAAUUGAUGGAGAUCAUCCACACCGGACACUGACCUCCAGUUACACCGUGUUACCAGCUCAGCUGCAGGCGGAAACACACCGACUCUGCUCUCCGUGGAUGUGUUUUGUCCUUUACUGGUACUGCUGUGCUUGUCGUACCCUUCAGUGACAAUGCCGGUGAACGCGCUGCCCCGCGGCGGCAGCAGCGGCAUCGGCGGCCCGGGGUCCCUGAGCCCCGCGUCGCUGUCCCGCAGCCUGUCCCGGCUAAGGGAGUACAGGACCCGGACGAGGAUCAUGCUGACUUUGGGGGUCUCUCAGAUGGUCCUGGGGAGUCUGAUCCUGGCCGUCAGUUUCGCAGCUCUGGCUCUGACCACAUCACCCAGGGUCCGGCACUCGUGUCCCUUCUGGGCAGGUUUCUCUGUGCUGCUCUCUGGACUGAUCGGAGUGGUGUCAUGGAAGAGGCCGCUCUCUCUUGUGAUCACAUUCUUCAUGCUGCUGUCAGCUGUGUGUGUGAUGCUAAACCUGGCGGGCUCCAUCCUCUCCUGCCAGAACGCUCAGCUGGUCAACUCUCUGGAGGACUGUCAGCUGUGUGGAUGUGUGUUCUCCCCUCCUCCCCCCCAGCUCAAGUUUGACAGCGAUGGAGUGUGUGUGUGCUGCGAGCUGCAGCAGCAGAGUUCGAGCUGCAACAACCUGGGAGAGACGCUGAAACUGAAUCCGCUGAGGGACUGCAACACCAUACGCCUACGACUCAAGGAGCUGCUGUUCAGCGUAUGUGCCCUUAACGUCAUCUCCACCAUCGUGUGUGCUCUAGCCACCGCCAUGUGCUGUAUGCAGAUGGUCUCGACUGAUGUGCUGCAGAUGUUUAUGCCGCACAGAGCGCGAGCUCUAAAUGCUGACUGUAUGACCCCCCAUGGAACCAUCCUCCACCAAACGCUGGACUUUGAUGAGUUUAUUCCUCCCAUUCCCCCUCCGCCGUACUACCCCCCAGAGUACACCUGCACCCCCUCAAUGGAUGGACAGAGAGGCCUGCACCUGGACUUUCCCCAUUCUCCCUUCAGUGCCAUCUACGGGGUGCCCAUCAACAGCCCAGGGACUCUGUAUCCAACUGAUCUGCCUCCUCCGUAUGAGUCUGUGGUGGGGCAGACCCCUGCCAGCCAGGUCACCACCAGCAUUGAGCAGCAGGCCACUGAAUCCAGUCUGUGUGAGAGAAACACAACUGCAGGACUCAGCACUCAGGCCUCAGUGGACAGUGCGUCACUGAUGGUGUCAGAGGUGGCAGAUCAGGACCAGACUUGCUCCUCAGAGGACUUGUGCUCCCUGGAGGUGCAGGGCUCUGACUCCUCUCCCUAUGGCACGCCCCACACCGCCCCCAUUGACGGAAGCUGCACCAGCCUGGAACUUUGUACACGUGACCCCCGUUGCCAUCGUGGCCAAGCUAAUUCUGACGCUCGCCCCAGUGAUACAGGUUACAGCGAGUCCUCGCACACCCAGGAGUCUCUGGAGCGCUCUCCGGACUGGUCUUCAGAAAACUAUAGCAAUCUGGACCAGGAGGAUUCCACAGACAGCACACAUCCAUGUGAGGAACUCAGGGCUGCAAUGCACAUAUGUGACGAGCUUGCAUCAGCCAAACAUUUACCAGAGGAGCCACCUAAAGCGUCAACACACUCCCUAAUUAAGGCACGAAUGAUGAGCCGGAAGCUUACGCUCCCCGUCACCAUCCCCCCGCCACCUCAGCCUUGCUCCCCCACCUCCGUGGCCUCCUCUGGUGGGACUUCAGCCAUCAGUCCUAUGGCUCCAUCUCCUUCCCCCUCCCCUCCUAGCAGGCCACGUGGCCCCAGGCUGUGUUUCAGUGUUUGGUCACCCUCCUCCACAUCACAACCCCCCUCUACCUCAGCCCAGAGUGGCUACUCGCCCUCAGAGAGGCCUCGAGUGCUCCGAGCAGCCAGGAGGUACCGCAAGCUGGCACGCAUAGUCCGUUCCACCAGUGACCCUAUCUCCUGCUCCUCUACGACAGGAAGAGAAAAUUGUGGCUGCGCCUCUGCAAACAACCCUGCUGCUGAGGAUUCAACUCAUGCAUCACCAGAGCAAGAGCCAACAGAUGUCACAACAGGCGUAGUUGGAGCUAAACCCAGUCACACAAGUGUCAGGAAGCCGCAAAAGGAGGGCAGGAAAGUCGACAUCCACCUUAAACCCCGCGCCCUGCACUCGCACUCCUCCCACGAACGCCCGCACUCCCUGGCUGACUUUAAGAUGUACAAAGACACCAAAGUGCUGGUGGCAAAGUUCCUGGAGCAUUCGAGCUGCAGUCUACCUCCUGAAGUCCAGCAGGUUGUCAACAACAUCAAGUGUGUCAUUAAGUCGGAUGAGAAACACAUGGAGGAGGCCAUUUUUAGUGCCAAUGUCAUAGAUCAGGUGAUGACCCAGCGCAUCAUUGGCAGUCCCAGAAAACGCGGCCACGAGGAUCUUCACCUUCAGAGCUGCGGUGCUUUGAGUUCAUCCCCUUCUAUGCGCCGUCCAAAACACCUCCCACAAACAACCAGCGCCUCCACCAACCCACUGGACUCCCCCUCCUCUGAACAAAGCCUUGAGUGCAAAGAAACUAUUCUCUGACCACUCUCCCAACAAGGACUCGGGUCAAAGCUCUGAGGCCAUUUCAGGGUGCCAGUGUUGCAGCCACGCUGUGCUGUGCAGCAGGUGUCUGUAGAGCAAUGAAUAACUCUUCUAGCACUGAAGGAUGGUUUAUUUUCACAGUGUGACUGCAGCACAGGCGAACUGAAAUGGUCUCAUACUGUAUCUCCUAGUGCCCUGUGAGACCGUGCCAAGUCAUCAGCAGAAAUGGUAGCAAACUCAGACUGAGCCUGCCAGUGUCUGUAGUGGCUUCUUUCUCAUCAGAAAAACAAAAGAAUGUUUCUCCCUCAGGGGACCUUUUCUACCGAGUUUCAUCUCUGAAAAAAAAGAAACAAACAAACAGCUGGUAAGUUUGGAUCUGUGACUCAAAAGACAAAGGAAAUCGUGUUAUCAGUAUUCCUCUUGUCCUCAUAAGACGCCGGAAGAAAUAUGUUUGUAUUAAACUGUGAACUGAACGGACUGGGCAUUGCUAGCCAUUGUUUGCAGACUUUGUGGAACUGUUACUGAUAGGGUGGUGAAUAUUUUGUGGUGCCGCUGGUUCAAGAACAUCACAGAUGUGGAGUAUUUAACUUACCUCAUUGUGUUACAAUUCUUAUCAGUGUUACAAUAAAAUAUGAG